AUGGUUCAGAUCAAAAUUACUUCUCUAUUCCGCAAAGGAAUUAAUCAACCCAUCCUUGCUCUCAUUAUGGAUAAUCGAUUCCAUAACCCUGUUGAUGCCCUCAUUGGCGGCGUUGAAUCCAAUCUUAUUAACAAUGUAAUUUGGUUUAAAAUCAAACCGAAUUAUUUCGUUUCCCUUACAGAUCCAAACAUUGAGAAAGUUCUUCAAUUUAAACUUCAACUUUCCAAUCUCAAAAUGGAUUUUGAUUCUCCAAGUCUAGGAAUACAGUGGAAAGUUCUCUACGAGCUUACUCGUGAACCCAAAACCACCACCAUUCCUACAAUUGACUCUAAACUAGUCACCUUGUUCGAACCACGUCCUUUUGAUUCAAUAAUUGAACCAAAAUUACUAAAAUGGACAGAUCUGGAAAUUCCUCGCAAUUGGUUAUUCAAAAACAUCAACUCGGAACCAAAAUUGCGUAUAACUGAGCCUACUGUUACCACCAUUCAAGCCUCUGGUUCCAAUCUUUAUAUCACCAAUAAAGAGAAGCAACCAUAG